CUUUUUUUUAUGCACAGCAAGUGUCAAACAUCCCGGAUCGAAUAUCUUCCUUGUUGUGUGGCAAACUAUCACAGUUUUCAGCGGUUUUAUCUAUAGGAAAUUAGAAAUGUUGCUAUAAGUACGAUAUUCAGUUAAAUCCAUUUGCCAACAGACAAGAUUGUGACACUAACACUUACUUGAAGCGACAUACAUAUCAAUCAUUGGUUUGGAUUCAAUAUUAGAGUGGCAAAUAUUACAGUUUCGGACAACAAGUGUGCUUGGUGGUAAUAUUUCACAAUGUGGAAAUCAACAGCAGGGCGCGACAUUGAUACAACCGGAGUGAACCAGGGCGAAGAUGACGACUGGGAGACAGAUCCCGAUUUUGUGAACGAUGUUAGCGAACAAGAGCAGCGAUGGGGCUCUAAAACAGUCGAAGGGAGCGGCCGGAACGCAGCUGCUAUCGAUAUGCAGCAGCUCCGCGAGGAAACGGAGCGAGCUGAUUCGGAAAAGAAACGCAAAGAGGGCCCAAAAGCAUCGCACGGGUAUGGUGGAAAGUUCGGCGUAGAGAAGGACCGAAUGGACAAAUCCGCUGUCGGCCACGAACACAUCGAGAAAGUGGAGAAACAUGCCUCCCAGAAGGAUUACGUGUCCGGGUUCGGCGGUAAGUUUGGAGUGCAGAAAGAUCGCGUUGAUAAGUCAGCCCACGGAUGGGACCACGUUGAGAAGGUUGACAAACACGAGUCGCAGAAGGAUUACAAGACCGGCUUCGGAGGGAAGUUUGGAGUACAGCAGGACCGUCAAGAUAAAUCGGCGGUUGGGUGGGAUCAUAUUGAAGCUCCACAGAAGCACGAAAGUCAAAUCGAUCACAAAGUGGGCUUCGGAGGAAAGUUUGGUGUUCAGACCGAUCGAAAGGAUAAGUCAGCCUUCGGUUGGGAUCAUGUAGAGAAGCCACAAAUGCACGAAAGCCAGCUCGAUCACAAAAUUGGUUUCGGUGGCAAGUUUGGAGUGCAAAAUGAUCGAAUGGAUAAGUCUGCUGUUGGGUUCCAGGAACAAGAUAAAAUUGGAACUAACUAUACGAAAGUAAAACCAGACAUAGGUUCCGCAAAGCCGUCAAAUUUGCGAGCUAAAUUUGAAAAUUUCGCUGCUACCGCUGAGGAAGAGGCUCGGAAGCGUGCCGAUGAGCAAAAACGAUUGCGCGAAGAAAAGGAUCGGUGCGAUCGUGAAGAGGCCGCGAAACGCUUGAAUCAUUCGGCAGAAUCAGCUGAACCCAAAAAGCCGGAAAGAAAAGGACCCAUAAACACGGGUAGGGAAGCCGGCGUCAGCAGUGCAAUAAGCAAUUUUAACAAUCCGCAGGAGAAUAUAACAAAGGAAAAAACGAGAAAGGAUCCAAUUGUGCUCCCUAAGCAGGAUGAACCACCCAAGUUUGUACAACCGGAUGUUAUUCCUUCGUCCGACUCUACGUCGGUGCCAACAGCCAAAACAAAAGAGGACCAACCGGAAGAAUCUGCUGGCCAUGCAGUGCAGGAACCGCUGCCAGUUGCGCGUACAUCCUACAGCGCAACGCCGAUUGCAGUUGAAGAAACCGAUGAAGCACCAGUCACAGACAGUACUGCACAUCAAGAACAAACGACGGAUACUGUACCGGUACAGGAUGACGUUGAAGAGUUUAUUCUUUCCCCGGACAAUCCCGGAAUUCAGGCCAUUGCUUUGUACGAUUAUCAAGCCGCAGCAGAUGAUGAAAUAUCGUUUGAUCCUGACGAUAAAAUAACGCACAUCGAAAUGAUUGAUGAAGGUUGGUGGCGAGGAUGGUGCAAUAAUAAGUAUGGCUUAUUUCCAGCAAAUUACGUACAGUUGCUGCAAUGAAUGUUUGUAACAGUCAUAGCUAAAAAACCGUUUUUUUUUUAAUAUUGUGCAGGAAUUCUUUUCAAUAUAUUUUGCGUAUCAUAUUGAAAGGCCGUAAAAAUAGUGGCAGAAUACAUUCCUUGCAUUUUUUUUAUUCAUGUCCUCGUUCUUCCCUAUCAUUACUAUUUGAAUAGUAAAGGCCUUGACAAUGUCAUAAUCUAUUAUAGUUUGAGCAUUUUUUUGCUACACAUUUGGUUUAGUCGUACCUAUCGCCAGUGGCGGAUUAGCACGAGCGGAAGCCCUACGCGGACACAAGAAUGUAGGCCUAUCUGAGAAGGUGUAUGAGAAAUUCUAAGCUAGAGAAGGAUUGAUAAGCAAAUUUACUAGAGUGCGGGGGGUGGGUUCUCCUUUCCGGGGCACAAUGUGGUCGCUUAGUUUGCGUAGUGCUUAUCCACCCCUGCCUAUCGUGUUAUAUCGUAAUGAGUAGAAAACUCGCCAACGAAAAUGGUGAAGCCGCCAAAUCACCUGCCUAUUACGGUAUAUUUGCAAUUUAAUUCUCCAAGUUAGAUCAACAGGGUGCUAAUCGUUGACAUUUAGCAUGUUUCAAGGAUAAUAUCAACAUAGCUAUUCAUUUGUAUCGAAAUAGUUACGAAAUAAAAUCGAUUGAUUCUGCAGAA